UCAUUUAUCAAUAACAACAACAAAAGUUUUACUUUUGAGUUUUGAAGUUAUUUUGGAGGCAAAGCAAAAGUUAACUUUUCUAUUUUAUUUUAAUAACUUAAGUGUUUCAAAAUUCUUAAAAAAUAGAAUGUAGUAAAAUUUGUUUACCUUAUUUUUUUCAUUAUUCCAGUGAAAAAAUUGUUAUAAUCAAUUAUGUUUGGAGAAAAAGUAAUAGAAUUGUUGAAGGAGGCUGACAGAAAUCGUGAAACUAUAGACCAAUUUAAUUAAUUUUCAUUUAUUUAUAGGAUGAAAAAAUACGGCAAAUUAUAGAGGAAAUGCACGUUUUGUUCAAGAUGAAUAUGGACGAUGCAAAUGCUACAACAGAAAACAAGUCCCUGUGGACAACAGUUCAAGUGAGACAUUCAGCGUUGGAAAGAAAUAAGCGCUGUCUCCUAGCCUACCUGUACAACAGAAUGGACAAAAUAAAAACUCUUCGAUGGGAGUUCGGCUCCGUCCUUCCUCCAGAUGUACGAGAGUUACUCUCAGAUACUGAAUAUGAUUGGUUUUCUAAAUACUCUACGAACUUGGCACAAUACAUGAGGUCUUUAGGUGAAGAUAUUGGUUACAGUGGAAUAGACCUCACAGAGAACUUGAGGCCUCCCAAAUGGUUGUAUAUAGAGGUGCUCUGCCUCACAGAUUAUGGUAAACUAGAGUUGGAGGAUGGAGAUGUUGUGAUGCUGAAGAAGAACAGUAGACAUUUCUUGCCAACUUCAGAGUGUCAGACAUUAAUUAGACAGGGUGUUUUGAAACAAAUUGUUUAGUUCAUUUGUUUGUGAGUCUAAUUGUUGGGUGUGGAAUAUCAUCUCCCUUUUAAAAGUAAGUGUGAUUUAGACAAUAGACCCACCACACCAAUCAAAGGCACAUUGUUUGCCAUGGGGAGACCAAAUGAAUUUAUAUUCUGCAAACCUUAGUGGUAAUGACCUGGACCAUCUUACGGUGUUCAGUGAGUUAGGUCCUUGUGUUGCCACCAAUUUCUUAUGUUUGUUACUGUGAAUUUCUGUAUAAAACUCCCCAAUGUGCUAUACUUACUUUGUCUGAUCCAGGACUCACUAUCUAUAGUUAAACAGGCUCACUUAAUUAAUGUAAAUUGGCUGUAAUGUCUGCUGAAACUUCUCAAAUAAGGGUCUAGAAUCUAUGGUAUUUAGAUAAUUUUAUACUUAAAGAAUUAAUGUAAGUGUGCAUUUUUGUGUGUUAAUUAAUAUAACUUUGUUGUAUUUGUUGCUUUACAUAGCUUAAUAUUUUUUCUGUAUGUACUAUGUUUUUAUGCUAUUGAAUUAAUAAUAUAAACUUAUUUAUGCAUAAAUGAUAAAAACUUUAUCUGCUUUUUAAGA